CUACUUGCCACUGCCACCUCACACGGCUCGCACGGCUCGCACAGCUCGCACGGCGGUCGUCAGCCAUGGCGCGUAACGAGGAGAAGGCGAACGCCGUGCUGAAUCGCUUCUGGGCGGCGAAGCAGGACGAGAAGCGCAAGCCGCGGAGAAGCGCCCGUUCCUCGCGUCCGAAUGCCGCGACCUAUCAGACGCUGACAAGUGGCGCCAGCAGAUCCUCCGCGAGAUCGGGCGGCGAGUAACCGAGAUCCAGAACCCAGGGCUAGGCGAGCACCGUCUUAAAGAUCUUAACGACGAGAUUAAUAAGCUCAUACGGGAGAAAGGCCACUGGGAGAAGCGUAUAGUGGAGCUCGGAGGUCCGAACUACGCGAAACAAGGCCCAAGAUAACUGACGCGGACGGUAAAGAAGUCGGCGAUGGAGACGACGAGCUGCCGGCCGGCUCGGCGACUGGCAAGGGGCUUGGUUACCGUUACUUCGGCGCGGCGAAGAACCUGCCGGGCGUUCGCGAGCUGUUCGAGAAGCCGACGGCGCCGACUAAGAAACGGAACCGGUACGAGCUUUAUAAGCGUAUCGAUAUGGACUAUUACGGUACAGGGACGAGGAGGACGGGAUCUUAGUGCGACUCGAGACAGAAGCCGAGCGGGAGAUUAUAACGAAGGCGGUGAGCGAGUGGAGGCGCUCGAAGCAGUUAAAGCCGAGGCGCGCCGCGCCGUGAAAAGCGGAGAGGAAGCUUCGAUCCGCGUUCAGACGGAUCUGUUAGACGAGCUUGGCGCUCCGAUCGAGACCCGGGAAUCGCGGGAGCGGCGCGGGAUCGCCGCGCAGGAGGGAAUCGGCGCGGAAGGAGAGGAAGAGAGAGACGAGGAGGAAACGGAGGAGGCGUAUCGCGAGCGAGCAGACGCGCGGGCGCGGCGCGAGGAAGCGGCGUUAGACGCGGCGGAAGAGGCGGCGCUGGAUGCGGUGGGCGGGCGGCGAUUCGUGGCGCACGUGCCGCUGCCGGACGAGAAGGAGAUCGAGCGCAUGGUGGUGGCGAAGAAGAAGGCGGAGCUAUUAAGUAAGUAUGCGAGCGAGGCGCUGGUGCAGGAGGAGGAGGAGGCUAAGGAGCUGCUGAACAUUAAGAGAUGAUGAUGGGGAUGACGUCAGGCUUAAGUAGAUGCGCAGGCUGACUUACAGGAGGAGGCGGGGUCCUGAAUUUUGUAUGCGAGCGAGCGAGCGAGGAGUGGG